AUGCCCUCAAAGUCCGGGCGCCCUCGCCCUUCCCUCCAAACCGGCCUCGAUCGGGAGAUAUACCAGGUGGUGCGCAAGCUCCAGGAAGAGCAGACGAACGAUGCCCCUCCACUCUCUGUAUACUCGGUGUACGACUCCAUCAAACGGUCGAACUCGAGCUUAAGCCGGAGGCCCAAGAAGCUCCUACAAGACAGCAUCGACCGCGUCCUGGCCGUGCUGCAGGAGGAUGAGGGUGACGAUGAAGAGCUUGGGCCGCUUGAGGGGGACUACCAUGAUUUACGGGAGGAGGUGGGCGCAGGCAACAUCAUGAACAGGAGUAUAGUGGCUUCAUACAGGACUUCUGGGAUUACCACACCGAGAACGGACACGCCUGGUGCAGCGACGCCUGCGGCGAACGGGGAGACCUCUGUUCCGAGCUCGGAAAGCACCAGAAAACGAAAGGAGCAGCGGCUCGCCUCUGGUGAACCAGCACAGAAGAAGCACAGAAGCAGAAGGGAAGAGGAGAUCAGUACUGCUCCGCCGAGCCACGUGCGGUUGGAAGACGUCGGCGGUGUCGACGAUAUCAAGCAACAGCUCAAGGACCACCUUGUCCUUCCUUUGCUAUGCGCUGAGGAGUACGCGAGACGAAAGAUUCCCAUACCGCGUGCGAUACUGUUACACGGUCCGCCUGGAUGCGGCAAGACCUUGAUCUGCAAAGCUUUCGCUUCAAAGCUCGGUGUGCCGUUCUUCGAGAUAUCGGGUCCAUCGAUUGUACAUCACAUGUCAGGCGAAUCUGAGAAGCAGGUUCGAGAUCUUUUUCAAAAAGCGAAAGAUUGCGCGCCUGCCUUGAUUUUCAUUGAUGAGAUUGACUCAAUAGCGCCAAAGCGUGACAGCGCGCAAGCAUCGAUGGAGAAGCGCAUCGUAGCGCAGCUCUUGGUCUCCAUGGACAGCCUGGAGGCGCAUGGAGGCAAGCCGGUGAUUGUAUUAGCCGCCACCAACAGACCCGAUAGUCUAGAUCCAGCACUGCGAAGAGGAGGAAGAUUCGACACCGAGAUCAACAUGGGGGUGCCCAACGAGUCUAUGAGACAGGCGAUUCUACGAGCCCUCACACGAGAAACGCAGGUUUCCGCCGAUGUAGACUUUGAGGAGCUAGCGAAGAGGACGUCCGGUUUUGUAGGCGCGGAUCUAAGGGAUCUGGUCGGCAAGGCAGGCACCUGGUCUAUGGAUCGCUUCCGCGAAGCAUUAGAACGACAGGCUGCGGAAACCGAACCAAAUAUGGACAUUGACGACAGCGCAGAGCAGUUUACGGUGUCGGAUAUGGACAAGUCAAUCAGCCGCCUUAUUAAGCGGGUUGUGGACAAGCAGCAACCGCGGCCUGCAGGUUUCGAAGACACUUCUAUUUCCAUGGAAGCGUUCUUGACAGUCUUACCUCAUGUACAGCCCUCCAGCAAGCGCGAGGGAUUUGCCACCAUACCGGAUAUCACAUGGGCCGAUAUCGGAGCACUUCAGGACGUGAGAGAAGAGCUCCAGACAGCCGUCGUUGAGCCCAUCAAGAACCCCGAGCGUUACAGAAAAGUAGGUAUCUCUGCGCCCACCGGUAUACUACUUUGGGGUCCUCCAGGAUGCGGCAAGACCUUGCUGGCAAAGGCGGUCGCGGCGGAGUCGAAGGCAAAUUUCAUCAGCGUGAAGGGUCCAGAGCUGCUAAACAAGUAUGUUGGUGAAUCCGAACGUGCCGUCCGACAAGUAUUCAUGCGCGCACGAAGCUCUGUCCCUUGCGUCAUCUUCUUCGACGAGCUCGAUGCGCUUGUCCCACGCCGCAAUGACGCCCUUUCCGAAGCUUCUGCUCGCGUGGUCAACACUCUCCUUACCGAGCUGGAUGGUUUGAGUACUCGAGGAGCAAUUUACGUGGUUGCGGCCACGAAUCGUCCGGACAUUAUCGAUGAGGCCAUGCUUCGUCCUGGAAGACUUGAGACGCUGUUAUGGGUUGGGUUGCCUCAGGAAAAUGAAAGGGUGGAGAUUCUGAGAGCACUGAUCAGGCAGAGCGGCGUCAUUAAAGAAGAGUUAGCGGAAGUUGCCAGAGAUUGCAAGGACUUUUCAGGCGCAGAUCUCAGCGCGCUGCUCAGGAAGGCUGGGCAAAACGCUCUCAGACGAGGCAGCGAUGAGGUCCAGGCGGUGGACUUUGAGGCUGCUCGAGGUACAGUGAGGACGAGUGUCCAAGAUACCAGGAGAUGGGAUGAGCUGAGGAAGAAAUUUGGAGGCAGCAGGUAG